CUUCGUGUUGCGCCCGCUUCUCGCCCUCUACAGCCGUCGCACAGGCCUUCUGUUGAUGUCCCGAAGGCGGCUCCUCAAACCAAGCCUCUGUGGCUUGGGGACGGGAGCGGUUUGGGGAUAAUAAUCUGCCCUCUUCUGUGAUCUCUGUUUUGCACGUCUUCGUUCGUGGGCAAGUCUAGGGCAGCAAGUAUUAGCGUCUCUAUUGCCCUACUGCCAGAGGAGGCCGACCCCGGCGGGGAAAUCGGGCUGACAAGGGGCCUGGGCCAGGGGAGACGCCGCCGCUGCCCGGAUGUUGCGAUGGUUGAUUGGGGGAGGCCGAGAACCUCAGGGCCUGGCCGAGAAAUCUCCUUUACAGACAAUAGGUGAAGAACAAACCCAGAACCCCUACACUGAACUGAUUGUACUGAAAGCUCAUCAUGAUAUCGUAAGAUUUCUGGUACAGUUAGAUGACUAUAGGUUUGCAUCUGCUGGCGAUGAUGGAAUUGUAAUUGUGUGGAAUGCCCAGACAGGAGAAAAACUUCUGGAACUCAGUGGACAUACUCAAAAGAUAACUGCUAUCAUUGCAUUUCCUUCCUUGGAAUCUUGUGAAGAAAAAAAUCAAGUGAUCUUGACAGCCUCUGCUGAUAGAACAGUUAUUGUAUGGGAUUGUGAUACUGGCAGACAAGUUCAGAGAGUGUCAUGCUUCCAGUCUACUGUAAAGUGUUUAACUGUUCUUCAGAGACUAGAUGUUUGUCUGUCUGGUGGGAAUGACCUGUGUGUGUGGAACCGAGAAUUAGAUCUCCUGUGUAAGACUAGUCACCUUUCUGAUACAGGGGUCAGUGCUUUGAUUGAAAUACCUAAGAACUGUGUUGUAGCAGCAAUUGGCAAAGAACUGAUAAUUUUCAGGGUGGUAGCACCCACAGAAGAAUCACUAGAAUGGGAUAUUCUUGAAGUUAAACGCCUCCUUGAUCACCAAGAUAAUAUUCUCUCAUUGGUCAAUGUCAAUGAUUUGAGUUUUGUCACUGGCUCCCAUGUUGGAGAGCUGAUCAUCUGGGAUAUCCUGGACUGGACCAUGCAGGCCUAUGAACGCAACUUCUGGGACCCAUCUCUACAGCUGGACGCCCAGCAAGAAAUAAAACUCUGUCAAAAACCAAAUGACAUUUCUAUUCAUCAUUUUACAUGUGAUGAAGAGAAUGUAUUUGCUGCAGUUGGAAGGGGUUUAUAUGUGUAUAACCUGCAAAUGAAGCGUGUGAUUGCCUGCCAGAAAACUGCACAUGACUCCAAUGUCUUGCACAUUGCCAAACUUCCGAACAGGCAGUUAAUCUCAUGCUCAGAAGAUGGCAGUGUGCGCAUUUGGGAGUUACGAGAAAAACAGCACCUCCCAGCUGAGCCUGUACCAACAGGUUUUUUUAACAUGUGGGGAUUUGGCAGGGUAAACAAACAAGCCAGCCAACCUGUUAAGAAGCAACAAGAAAAUGCCACUUCAUGUUCACUAGAGCUUAUUGGAGAUUUGAUUGGACACUCAUCAUCUGUGGAGAUGUUUCUAUACUUUGAAGAUCAUGGACUAGUGACAUGCUCUGCUGAUCAUCUCAUUAUUUUGUGGAAAAAUGGAGAGCGAGAAUCUGGAUUACGCAGUUUAAAAUUAUUUCAGAAAUUAGAGAAGAAUGGUGACUUGUAUCUUGCUGUGUAGUUUUAAGGAAUUAGGAUACACGUGCAUGAACCCUGAACAUCAAAUAUAGGGUAAUACAAAAUUUAAGAUCUCUCUGAAAACAAUAUAUCAAUCCCUUAAAUUUUUAAUGUAUUUUUUUUUUUUGCUUAUCACUCCAUAAAGCUUUGUUUGUUUGAAUUCUUUUUUCUGGGCCUGUAAACCAGCAAUAAGUUGCUUCUCAGGUGUCAAUACAUCUACCAAGCAGUACAUCUACCAAGCAGUAUACCAUAAGUUUCCUAUUUGACUUCUCCACAGCAAAUGAGCUUCUCAGUCUUUAACAUAGUAUAAUUUUGUUGCCUCUAGUUAAAUUCUCAUCACCAGAAAUUAGAUUUUUUAGAAGUUAUAUGUAGUUUCAUUAGCCUUCUGUUAUUUGGAAAUACUUGAAUUUGUUCUCCAAAAUGAAUAUUUUAACUACACCUCUUAAUUAUUUAAAUUUAUUUAAGCAACCUACUAUUAGGGAAAUAAGUAUACGUGAUAAUUACAGAAGAUAUUUUGGAGAAAAAUGAAGCAGCCAUUGAACAGGUAGGAUGUAGCAUCUCCUGAGUUUAAACUUUGAGAGCUCUCGAAAAUUGACCCUUCUCUGUAGGAAAUGAGGGUGUGUGUUUUUCUUUCCUAGUGUGAAUGUGUCUAAACAGCUAUUGGCUAGAUUGGUAGUAGAACAGCAGCUGACCCUCGUAUAUGCCAGGGGUCAGAGCUAGAUCAGUAAAGGGGCACAGUGUUCCCAAAUACAGGAAAUGCCUGAUUCAUCUUACCAUUCGGCUUCAUUUAUGUAAUUCCUCACAGUGACCACUGAGAUUUAGUCAUCGUCAUUACCCCUACUGACCUUGUAACAGAGCAUUCUUCUCCCUUUUGGUAUUAAGGAAGAAAAAUUUAAAAAGAAGUGUUCUACACAUUAAAAACUGGGUGGGUUUACUUGUAGAAUUAUUCUUAAACAAAUUUAAACUGCUGAUGAAAGAACCCUAUUACAGUAAUUCCAAGGUGACAAGUGUCAGAGGAAUGAUCUUUCUCAAUACAUUCUGCAGAUUUAUGUGUUCCUUAUUAACACCUCCCCCCAUCCGAUCUUCAUAAAUACUUGUUUUUAGUAGUUUUACCUUUGACAGGUACUUGCACAACUGCCUAUACUCAAAGACUGGAAGAGCUGAAGUCUAGGCUAGACCAAUGACUGACAUGUUAUAAAUGAGGAAACUGAGGCCCAGUAAGGUAAGGCCUUGCAACUAGUUCUCUAUAGUCUUCUAGUAUUACAAAAAGAAUUGGUUGACGUUCAGCCAUUUCAAGAAGGAGCAUAUGCUCAGGAACUGAUAGUACUGAAGGAAGAAGUCCAAGAUACACUGAAGGCAUUGGCAGAAAACAAGACUCCAGGA